AGUGGCGAUGGGGGCUGCAGUGGGCCGCGGAAAAGAAGCUGGUUCCUCGCUGAGGCUGGCUGCACGUCCUGCUUUACCUCCUGACACAUUAUCCUGUCAGAAGCAGAGCUGGACCCCAACUCCAAUUCUCUGUGCUACAAGACAGUGCUGAUAAGGACACAACGGCUAAGCAAGAGUCAGAUCCAGCUGAUGGCCACCAAAGCAUGAAUGGAUAAGAACGACCUUGUGUCCCUUACAGAUGAGUAUCUGGGUCAUGCAGAGACAAGAAACAGAGGUGACAUGGACAAGCCACCAUCCCCUGUGGCUCAGGCCUUCGAGCAGCAGCUCCCAGAGCCGCUGGUGUGA